ACUGAAACUACGACGUCGUCUGCUCCAACUGGGUCUUCUAACUCUGCCAUAAAUCCUGCCGACGCGUCAAACUCGGGACUGGGAAAUGGCGGCAAGAUUGCGAUUGCGGUGGUGGUGCCGAUCGCAGCCAUUGCCAUCCUCGUCCUGGUAGGCCUCUGGUUAUGGCGCAAGAGGAAGAACCGCAAGGAGCUCGAGGAGCAGAGACGGAAGGAGGUUGAGGACUACGGCUACAACCCCAACGCAGAUCCCACAAUACCGGCUGUUGGCGCCGCCGGGCCUUACGAGAUGAAAGAGGACGGCACAUCCGGCUACAGAGGCUGGGGAACCACCACGCUGGCGGGAUCCACGGCAGGAAAGGCGUCGACCACCAUGUCUGGCGGCGCUGGUGUUGCUUACUCGGACGGAACCGCAACCUCACCCACUCAUGGCGCUAUCUCAGACACGCGAUCCGGGGAGCCCCUCAUGCACGACGGAUCUCCCACUCCGGAAGGCGAGAUCCUCGGGGCUAUGGGCCCCUCGGCUGCCAACAAUCGCGCCGGCGACGUGCACCGCGGCCCCUCGAACGCUUCGUCUUCGUACAGCGGCGUUGCACAGUCUGACGGGUCUGGGGACGGCGCCAUCGGGGUCGCAUACGGAGGCCCUUCCCAGUACUACGACCAAUAUGGGAACGGCAACCCUUACGUGGAAGGCGCUCCUGGCGUCCGUCCACCAGCGGCCGAGAUGCCCGCGCAGCCGGUUAUUCGAGACGUCACGGCAAGACGGAACACGCGCAUUGAAAACCCGGCGCACUACCCUCAGCAGAGCGCCGGUAUUUCGCAAAAUUUCUGA